AUGACGAUAAGAUCGCGUUUCGUGGAGCCGAUUCCCACAUGUUCCCUUCAGACAUGGAUAUUUGGCUCCGCUACUGAAGAGUUGCCGGAUUCCCAGAAGCCAGUAUUCAUCGAUGCCGAUCGUCCAGAAUCCCAUGUAGUGUCAAGAUCAGACUUCAGGCUACUUUCCAAACGAAUAGCACUGGGACUCAUCAACGUCGGCCUCGAACCGCAAGACCGGGUUCUGGUGUACUCCGGCAAUACCAUUUUCUAUCCGAGCCUCUUCCUCGGUGUGUUGAUGGCGGGCGGGAUCUACACUGGAGCGAGCCCUAACUUCACCGCUCGCGAACUUACACACCAGCUACGAGACUCGGGUGCCAAGUUUGUGUUUGCAGCACCAGAGAACCUUCCAGUCGCCAUUGAAGCCGCCUUGUCUGCCGGCAUAUCACCAAGUAGAGUUUACAUAUUCGGAGCGGAUGAUUACAGAGCUAUCCCGCAGUUCGUCGCUUUCAGUGACGCUCAUAACAACGGACCUCGGCAUUGGACUGAGCUGAUAUCUGAGAACGAAGCCGCAGCUUCAGAUUGGGUUUGGUUUGAGCCGGAGGAUCCUGCAUCGACGACUUGUUGUCUGAACUACAGCAGCGGGACAACCGGGGUACCCAAAGGUGUUGAGGUUACACAUCAUUCCUAUGUCGCCAACUGCGUUCAAGUCAUCAGUCUGUUGGACAAAGCCCCGGGAAUUGAAAAGUUCAGACAGAGGGAAAGGACACUGUGCUUCCUGCCUCUUUAUCAUGCAUUUGCGCAGACAUAUUUUGGGGCCAUCUUUCCUGCUCUGCGUGUACCGAUCUACAUCAUGGCUGCAUACAACUUUGAGAGAAUGCUCCAGCAUAUCCAGAAUUUCCGCAUCACCACGCUCGUUGCCGUACCUCCCGUCCUGGUCAGCAUGGCAAAGAACCCGAUAGCCAAGAAAUACGACGUGUCCAGCCUCGAGAACAUCAGUGGGGGCGCUGCUCCGCUGUCAGGAGACACAAUCGAAGAAGUCGGCAAGAUGUGCUCGCCUAGUGCAUCAGUCAGGCAGGGAUGGGGGAUGACGGAGAUGACCUGCUACAUCUCCAGCUGGGAUCCUAAUGUGAAAAAUGAGAGCGCUUCAGUCGGCGAGCUGAUGCCGAAUCUGUCGGCGCGGCUGAUGCAGCUGGAUGGCAAGACCAUGAUCACGAGGCCACACGAGCGUGGCGAGAUUUGGCUGACGGGGCCGACGCUCAUGAAGGCUUAUUGGAAGAACGAGAGAGCAACGGGCGACACGGUGCAUGUGGAUGCCGAUGGGACUAGGUGGAUGAAAACCGGCGACGUCGGGUUUGUCGAUCGGUAUGAGACGGGCGCACUCUUUUACAUUGUUGAUCGUAUCAAGGAGUUGAUCAAAGUAAAGGGGAUCCAGGUUGCGCCGGCUGAGCUGGAGGCUACCCUGUUAGAGAACGAGAAUGUGUCGGAUGCCGCUGUCGUAGGAGUAACGAUCAACGGGCAUGAGGUUCCUCGAGCUUACGUCGUCAAAUCCGGCGGCUCUCAAAUUACUGCUGAGGAAGUUGCUCAGUGGAUGGAGGGCAAGGUUUCGAAGCAUAAACAUCUCAAGGGAGGUGUUUGCUUCAUUGACACAGUACCAAAGAAUCCGUCCGGAAAGAUUUUGCGUAGGGCGUUGAGAGACCGAGCACAAGAGGAAAUAGGCGACAGAAAGCCUUCCGAUUCGAAACUUGUUUGA